CAGGAAAUAGGAAUUAUUUUUAGGUUAUGUUGUGACUGGUUGUGGGUCGUUUUAUAAUCAUAAAAAGAUCAAAUAACUUUACAUUCUUACUUAAUUAACGUUAUCAAAAUGCUAUCACGCAGCUGGAGGCAUUUGUGUCGGCGGUAUUCUCAAGCUGCUACUUUUAGAACUGCUGAGAACUCACCCGCACAACACAAUGAGAAGCAAGAAGGUUUAUUUUACACAUUGAAUCCUGAUCUAUGCAAACAACUUUUCGGCCAUGGCGGGCUUCCAAAAAGUUUCAAGCAGCAGACCAAGACGUUUACAGAAACUGCCAUAAUGGUACGCCAGCCAGCAUUAGACCUUAUAAAUUGUAUAAGGUCUAGUGAUAUGAACCAACCAGCCAUCAGAUAUGUGCUAUAUGGUGAGAAAGGCACAGGCAAGUCUAUAACCAUGGCACAUCUUCUGCACUAUGCCCAUGAAGAGGGCUAUCUAAUUGUACAUGUUCCAUGGGUAUCAGAAUGGCUGAGGCGUCUUCCACGUCACAAGGAGAUGGUCAACUCGCCGACUCGCGAAGGUUUCGUUGAUUUGCCGAUCGACGCCGCCGCCUGGCUCAUACACUUCAAAAGCCAGAACCAGACAUUACUCAAAUCUAAUGAUUUGAAAAUCUCAAAAGAGUAUGUAUGGAGCAAGCGUGAGAAGACAGAAGAAGGUUCUCCAUUGUCUGCGCUGGUAGAACACGGCAUUACUCGCGUGAAAUACGCCUGUGACGUCAUUGAUGCACUCAUUGAUGAGAUCAAGAUACUAUCCAACAACAAACAAUGCAAAACCUUUGUUGCAAUUGAUGGGUUCAACAGUUUCUUCUACCCAUUGACGCGGCUCAACACGCCCACCAAGAGGAAGGUCACACCUGAAGAGGUCACACUUACUACAACAUUUUUAAAACUCACUACUAAUGACUGGACAAAUGGUGCUAUUGUCGUAUCUGCAGACCAGUUAGCAGUUCCUGAUACUAAUCAAGAAAGUCACUUUCCAAGAUAUUUGCUCUACAAAAAGGGCUUUGAACACCUAGAUCCAUUUGUGCCAAUAGAGGUAGGCAGAUACAGUGACAAGGAGUUCCUAUCCUGUGCAGAGUACUACAGGGACCGGCUAUGGCUCCGAGGCCCCCCAGAGAUGGAGACAGAGUUGAAGUUCACCAGUGCAUGCAACCCUUACAGGUUCAUGGAGCAGUGUGCACCUUUGUAGUUUUAUAAGAUUCGUAAUAUAAUGUAGUUGGUAUUUAA